CAUCUCUUCGCCCUCCUUCCCUCUGGCGAACCCGGAUGUGUGGAGAUACUCAGCGCUGUGUCGUCGACUCUGUUGCACCAGGUGUGUGGAUCUCAGCGUGGUGACUGGUGCUCGCAAAGCCGUCAGGAUGAUGAGAGCGGGAGGACUUUUGAAACUGGCAGGGCUGGUUUCUAUCUUAUUUGUGGUUGUGUUCCUGGCAUUUGAGCUAUUAGAGAGCAAUAUGAAUUUGGGGAAAGUACUUGCACGAUACGCACCUGCAGAGACUGUCCCCACCAGUCGUCCGCACAACAAAUGUGGCCUUUCUAAACCAUGUACCGAGGACCAAUUUGCUUUUAAGAUCACCAGUGGAGCAGCCAGCGUCGUCGGCCCGAAAAUGUGCUUUCAGGACAAUGUAUUAAUGAGUGGAGUGAAGAACAACAUUGGCCGGGGUAUAAACAUUGCUUUGAUCAAUGGCAAGACCGGUGAGCUCACCAAGGCUGAUUCCUUUGACAUGUGGUCUGGAGAUGUUAACCAGCUUAUCCAAUUCUUGAAGGAAAUAGAUGAUGGAAGCAUUGUUAUGAUGGCCACUUUUGAUGAUCCUGCAACAAAGCUAAACGAUGAGGCCAGAAAACUGAUUGCAGAAUUGGGCAGCUCAAGCAUCAGCAUACUGGGAUUUAGAGAUAACUGGGUGUUUGUUGGAGGCAAAGGGAUCAAGACAAAGAGCCCCUUUGAGCAGCACAUCAAGAACAACGCAGAGAAUAACAAGUAUGAUGGCUGGCCAGAGGUUUUGGAGAUGGAAGGAUGCAUUCCUAUGAAACAGGAGUAGAAUCCACCUCUCAAUAUAUUUCAGAUUAGUUUGCAUUUUCGUGAACAUCCUGGAGGAGGUUGAAAAGUUCAAAAUUGAACAUAUGCAAAGUUGCAUUGUUCAGUUAGCAUUGACGAUGUAGGUGAGAGUAUAGACUUUAAAUGUUUUGUUGACUUCCUGUAUUUUGAAUCUUGCCAUUACUGCUCCUGAGCAUGUGCUGCUCUAUUUUUGUAUUUAUUUUACAGGGUUGCCACUACUUUUGACCAGUUUCCAUUAAUUUUCUUCCAAUUGUCCAUAAAUAGAAUGCACUUACAAAGACCAAUAUGUAGCCAGGUCAUUAAAGUUGAAAUUCACAACUUUACUAAAUUUUGUUUAUUUUCCAGCCCCGGAAUUCAGUCUUAAAUUCGAUGCCUGUGGUAGAUCGGAUUUGUUUUAAUGACUAGUCCAUAAACAGCAACAGCAGCCAUUUGUGAGGAUUCAGUGUCAUAAGGAAAAUAGAGAUAUUGAAUCAGAUGACUUACUCCCAAAAAAAUAAAUGGAGAGGGUUUGUGCUCAUAUUUAUUACUGCACUAUGACACUCUAAAUGUUGAUCAUAAUGGAAGAAAUCUUAAAUGGCUGAGGGCUGCUGUCCCCAAAAUGUAUUUAUUUCUUUGUUUAUGGUAAUAUUUAUUUUUCUACUGGCAAAGGUAUUUUGACUGCUGGACUGUAUUCCUGAAGGUAAAUAAUUAAGAAUCUUGUUUUAAAUCCUUAACACUCUCCCAUAUCUCUGGUGUGUGAUGGAUGGAGUCAUUGAUUUGUGUUUAUUUUUGACCUACUGUUUAACUACUGUUUUCUGCUUCAUGCCAUUUAUCCUUAGCUUUUGGGAAUGUUGUUACAUAUGGGAAGUUCAAAGACUUCCAUCUGUUAUUAUGUUGAUAGUUUGUCUGGUUUCUGCACAUUCGGAGAUUAUUUAAGCGGUAUGUCUAGCAGCUGUUACAUGGCAUUAGUUUAUAGCAAGCAAUAACAAUAUCAUACAACAUAACUGCUUUUGUUCCAUAUUGUGCCUUCUGCAGUGUCAAUAAUAUGCACUUUUCAAACUAGUAGUACAGUCUUCCAUAAUUAUUAAGGAAUUAUAAUGCAAAACUAAUGAUCUCUACUCGUUCAUUUUAUAAUUCCCUGCACGAUUUUAACUGCAUACUGUGACGUUGUGUACUGAAACCCCUUCCUUUUGUAAGAAAACCAGUUGUGUGCCUUAUUUACCGAAAUUAUCAAAUGAUUUUUUUUGAUUGAUGUUGCAUGUCAUGGCCUUUACAUGUAAAGCUGUUUUAAGGAUUUCUUUUUGUCUAAAUUAAAUCUAAAUCAAUUGUUUGAUUACCGAGUCUUUCGCAAUGGCUAAUU